AUGUCUUCACGAGUAAAUAGAAAUUCGUUGUUGGUCCUCAUGGCCAUCAUCAUCUUCGUCAUGGUCGCUCUCGGAUCUCUCGUCCAGGCUCAAACUCAACCACAACCCUACUUUCCUCCACAAUAUCAAAUGACCAUGAAAAACUACGUGAAAGGAACCAAAGUCUUUGCUACUCUUGUUGUUGCUGAUCAUGUACAAGGAAAGUUCUCUCAUCGUUUAACUUCACCACAAGGCUUUGAGUCGAGAUACAUUUAUAUUCAAUCGAUUGAUACUUUGUAUACUUUGAAUCAAGAGAGCUCGGGACAAUGGACUUGUUUGAAAAGAAUUCAUAGUGGAGUGAACAAUUUGGCAAUGGAUCCGUUGAGAGAGCCUUUGCUAGAUGGAAUUUCCUUCACUGGAAAAUUGAAUUGUCAAAAUCAAGAGACUAAAGCAAAUGGAGUGUGUUAUAGAUAUGACAAGGAAGUUGUGGCGAGUAUGGUAAUUGAUUAUGCAUUGUAUACCAAUGCUACUGCUUCCUAUAAUUUGCCAAUUCAAUUGUACAAGAAGGUUGCUACGCAAACACCAACACUUUUGACAACUUACAGUGAUUUUGUGCUCGGACCUGUCAAUCCUGCAGUGUUUAACUUGCCAGUUCCGGAAAGUUCAUGCAAAUCUCAAAAUUAA